AUGACGACGGCCUUCACCAUCGUCUUCGUUACCAUCAUAUCGACCCUGGUGCAGCGGUACCCGCUGUGGAACGCGCAGACGGGAACGGCGGAUUCGCGAUAUGGCGAAAAGGUAAAAGCCGACCAAGAAAGUCAUCGUUGCAGGGAGGUGGACGAAGCUGUACACCCGGUUGAUCAACCGCAUCGUGUUGGGGGCAUUGGAGGAAGCAUUGCAGAAUGGGCAGCUCCCAACGCCGGUCUGCCUUCUCACUCCUCACCGUCCCCCAAAGUGAAAAAGAGUCUGCAUGACGAGGAAAUGGUCGAGACCUCGAUAGACGGGCCGAAGAACACAAGCUCUGUGCGCACCAAAGAGGUAUAA